AUGGAACAAGUGGAAGAGCGGAAUUCCCUCUAUGAAGGCAGAGUCUGGGUGGAUGAGGAGGAGAUUCCAGAGGGCAGCCUGACCCUCAUGCUGGACCAGGUUCAAUUUUCUGAUGAGGCUAUGUAUAUAUGCAAGGCCGUUAAUUCACGGGGCAGAGGGUCAAGAAAAAUGAAGCUUGUUGUGGAAGAUGCAAUGGAUGUGUUCAGGGUACGUCCAUUCGACAAUAUUUCUCUGCCCUGCCAUUUCUCCUUUGUGGAUAGCACAGAAGGUUUAUCCUUCAGCUGGGAGAGGGAAGAUAUCAAGGAGGAGCACGAAGUAGAAGAUGAUGAUUUUUACAAAUAUUUUGUCGGACUUCAUGAUUUUUAUCAGUUUUAUCCGAAGGUGAUAUAUAGCUUCACCAACAACAUGGAACAAGUGGAAGAGCGGAAUUCCCUCUAUGAAGGCAGAAUCUGGGUGGAUGAGGAGGAGAUUCCAGAGGGCAGCCUGACCCUCAUGCUGGACCAGGUUCAAUUUUCUGAUGAGGCUAUGUAUAUAUGCAAGGCCGUUAAUUCACGGGGCAGAGGGUCAAGAAAAAUGAAGCUUGUUGUGGAAGAUGCUGAAGAGCCACAGGUGCAGUUCAGCACAAUCGAUGAUACACUUGUAGCCAAGUGCAUCUCAGCAGGCUGGUACCAUAUGCCAAAGGUCACCUGGCGUAACCGCAAGGAAGAAGAUCUAUCUGGCUAUUCCAAAACAGAGAUUCUGGAAGAGAAACAGGAUGGGUCCCACCGAGUGGUAUCUACAUUACAUUACCCUGUGUUGCUCCAUGAAAUCUACACAUGUCACAUUGAAGAGAGUGAUGUGCUCAACAGACCUGUUAGGUCCAUCCACAAAGUUCCAAAGAGAAAAUAUCAUAAUAUGUAUAAUCACUACUAGAAAAUCAACUCCAAGUUGAUGCAGCGAGGGAAGAUAAGCAGUCAUGUUUUCAUUGUAUCAGCUCUGUACAGUGCCUGCAACAGCAGAAGGAAGACGGAAAAUACAGAAAAUGAGACAAUACAUUUUGCAUGUUGAAAGGAGUGAUUGUUUAUAUUAUUGUUAGAUGCUUGAA